AUGGACCCAAGACCACACAGCAAUAGAAGAGGGAAGAACUCUAAAGAGAGAAAGAAAGCUUCUGCAGCUCUGCAUGAGAAGCUACUACUACUUCGUUCCCUUACAAUGUCUCGUUCACAAAGAGAAAACUCGAUCGUGCUAGAUGCAGCAAAGUACAUACAAGAACUUAAACAAAAAGUGGAAAGGCUGAAUCAAGAUCUCACUACCGGGGAAUCUUCAAGGCAUAGACACGGUUCAUGGCCUGAGGUUCUAGUAGAACCACUAGAAACUGGUUUUCUGGUGAAUAUAUACUCGGCAAAGAAUUGUCCAGGUUUGCUUGUUUUAAUACUUCAAGUUUUCGAUGAACUUGGCCUUGAUGUUAUGGAGGCUAGGGUUUCUUGCGCAGAUAGUUUUCGACUGAAAGCUUUUGGCGAAGAGAAGGAUGAAAAUGGAGAAAUUGUUGAUGCUGAAGCAGUUAAACUGGCCGUUUCAGAUGCCAUUCGGAAAUGGAGUGAAAACAAUGAUGGUGAUUAA